AUGGGCUUCGAAAACACACAGGCGCAAUUGAUGACAGCCCCUCCCUACGUCGCCGGCGCCAUCUCAUCUAUUGUGUUCUCCCAAUUCUCGGACCGCUACUACUGGCGGAUGCCUUUCGUCGUCAUCCCGUUCAGUUGCGUCUGCGUCGGCUUCAGCAUUAUGCUCGGUCUUCGCGGCAACUUUGAAGACCAGAUUGGUCCGUCCUACUUUGCCGCCGUUGUUGCAUGCAUCGGCAUCUACCCGGCCAUGCCGGCCGCCACGUCCUGGGCAGCGAACAACCUGGCGCCGGCGUCGCGCCGCGCCGUCGGCUUGGCCCUCAACAUUGCCCUCGGAAACAUGGGCGGUAUCAUGGGCAGCUACAUGUUCUUCGACUCGGACGCGCCCAUGUACAACACUGGGUUCGGUCUCAGCUUGGCGUUCGGCUUAAGCGGCCUGCUCAUGGCCUUCGCUGCUGAGGCUGCGUAUAAAUGGGGCAACAAGAAGAAGGAGGCCUUGUCGGAGGAGGAUAUCAGGGCUCGGUACACCCAGGAUCAGCUCCUGAAGAUGGGGGACAGGAGCCCCUUGUUCCGUUACACUCUUUGA